AUAAGUAUUUUAUGUAGAGUAUCCUAAAUAUGUUCAACAACUUAUAAAUCAUUUUGUCAGUGUUGGGCCUGACUCUAGUUGAUUAAGGCGUCUCCAAAUGCAUCGUGAUUUCACAUCACCUCGAAAUUGUGGGUUCAAACCCUACCUCCGUAACUAACUUCCAUCUAUGUUAGAAAAAAAACCCUUAUAAAUCAUUUCAUCUUUUUUAAAAUGUAGUUAAUGUCCCGCCAAAUUUGUUUCUGUACCACCAAAAAACUUGCACCGAAUUAAGUGCCUGCAAUUGGCUCACAAAGCCAAAGCCAAAUUUUAGUUAUGGACGUGGAACUUCAAUCUGUAGCUCGCUCACUCCAAUCCCUUAAUGCCCAGAGUUCAAUUUACCAAGGCAAACAGAUCCACCUUCUUUUUCUCAAAAAGGGUCUCAUAAAUUCAACGCUUUCACUUGCAAAUCGCCUUCUGCAGAUGUACACUAGGUGUGGCGGGACUAUGGCCGAUGCACAUAAACUGUUCGAUGAAAUGCCCGACAGAAACUGCUUUUCUUGGAACACUGUAAUAGAGGGCUACAUGAAGUUUGGAGAUAAAGACAGAGCGUUAAAGUUGUUUGAUUUGAUGCCUUGCAAGAAUGAGUUUUCGUGGAAUGUGGUGAUUGCCGGAUUUGUGAAAGCGUGUGAGUUGGGUGUUGCUAGGAGGUUGUUUAAUGAGAUGCCUAGGAGAAAUGGCAUUGCUUGGAAUUCAAUGAUUCAUGGAUAUGCUCGAAACGGGCUUGCUAGAGAAGCUCUUAAGUUGUUUAAGGAAUUAAAUUUGAAUCCUUUAGACGAAUCAUGUGGGGAUACUUUUGUUUUGGCUAGUGUUAUUGGUGCUUGUGCUGAUUUGGGAGCUGUUGAGUGUGGUAAGCAAAUUCAUGCUCGGAUUGUAAUUAAUGAUCUGGAGUGUGACUCUGUGUUAUUUAGUUCAUUGAUUAAUUUAUAUGCAAAAUGUGCUGAUUUAGACAGUGCAAACUAUGCUUUGAAUAUGAUGGAUGAGGUUGAUGACUUUUCUCUGUCAGCACUUAUCGUGGGCUAUGCAAAUUGUGGUAGAAUGAAUGAUGCUAUAAGAAUAUUUCACAGAACAAGCAAUACAUGUUUUGUGGUAUGGAAUUCUCUAAUCUCCGGUUAUGUCAACAAUAAUGAGGAAAUGAAGGCAUUUGCACUAUUUGGUGAGAUGCAGAAAAAUGGAAUUCAGGUAGACUCUUCCACAAUAACAAUUGUUUUGAGUGCCUGUAGCAACAUUGGAAAUGCUCAGUAUGGUAAACAAAUGCAUGGCUAUGUUUGUAAAGUUGGGUUAGUUGACGACGUCAUUGUUGCUUCUGCUUUUAUUGAUGCAUAUUCCAAGUGUGGAAAUCCUGAAAGUGCAUGCAAAUUGUUCAGUGAGAUCAAGUCCUAUGACACAGUCUUGCUCAACACUAUGAUCACAGCGUAUUGUAAUUUGGGUAGAAUUGAAGAUGCAAAAAAAAUAUUUGAGACAAUGCCGAGUAAAAGCUUGAUUUCAUGGAAUUCAAUGGUAGUGGGUUUCUCUCAAAAUGGUUGUCCAGCUGAAGCAUUGAAUGUUUUUAGCAAAAUGAAUAAACUAGAUUUGAAUAUGGAUAGAUUUAGCCUUGCUAGUGUGAUCAGUGCUUGUGCUGGCAUCUCCUCUGUUGAACUUGGUGAGCAGGUUUUCGCAAGAGCAAUUAUCAUCGGGUUUGAUUCUGAUGAGGUUGUUGCUACUUCCCUAGUUGAUUUUUAUUGCAAGUGCGGUUUUGUUGAGAUUGGUAGAAGAUUAUUCCAUACAAUAACAAAAUCAGACGAAGUGUCUUGGAAUUCAUUACUGAUGGGGUAUGCCACAAAUGGCCAUGGCUUGGAAACAUUAGCACUCUUUAAUGAAAUGAAGCAAGCUGGUGUCAGGCCAAAUAAUAUUACAUUUACCGCAGUUUUAUCCGCGUGUGAUCAUUGUGGCCUGGUCGAGGAGGGAUGGAAAUUGUUUAACGUAAUGAAACACGACUAUCACAUUGAUCCAGGAAUCGAGCAUUAUUCUUGCAUGGUUGAUCUUCUGUCUCGUGCUGGUUGCUUAAAGGAAGCAAUUGAUCUUAUUGAGCAUAUGCCUUACGAAGUGGAUGCCAGCAUGUGGUCAUCCGUGUUAAGAGGUUGUGUCGCUCACGGAGAGAAGGGUCUUGGAGAAAAGGUGGCACAGAGGAUCAUUCAGCUAGAUCCUGAGAGCUCCAGUGCAUAUGUGCAACUAUCUGGCAUUUUUGCUACCACUGGAGACUGGGGGAGCUCAGAGUUGGUUAGAAAGAUAAUGAGACAGCACCAAGUGAAAAAGCAUUCUGGUGUCAGUUGGGCUAGUUAAUACAGAGUUUUUGAAAUGACAGUAAUCAGGAGAUUUUUCAUCUUCACAAGGAGAGAGAUCAUGCUAUGUUUUACAAUUUUUGCAGUCUACUUUUUGGUUCCACCACUCAAUUACUGAUUAAAUUUUAAGAAAUCAUAGCAUCUUGGCUUA